AAGUCUUCUCCUGUCCGAGGCAGGAGCCCAGAUCAUGCUGAGCGAAGAAGCCGUCGUCAGUCACCCUCCACUUCCAACUUUAGAGAUCGCCGAGAAAAUGCUGCCAAGCCUUCUCACAGCGGUUGUGCUCCACCCGACUCUCCAGAGAGGGACUGGUCGUUCCUUGACAAUCCUUCACCUCCACGCUUUCUUGCUAGGAGGCAAGAGGAGUCUAAUUCCUUGAGAAGGCACCAUUCACCAGAACCAACUGACACCUACCCGGGUUCCUCUAAGUACCGAAGAUCAUCCAAUCUUGGUAGUUCUAUGCAGAAGUCUUCACCUCUGAGAAACUGGCGCGAGUCAACCAUGAACUUCUCUACUUCUAACUUCAGAGAUUGUCACGAAAAUGCUGCCAAGCCUCCCCAGAGCCGUCGUUCUCCUUCCAAGUCACCUGAGAGGGACUGGUCGUUCCUUGACGAUGAAUCUCCAUUGACCAUCAAGUCCUCUAGGCUUUCUUUGACUAAAAGUGCUAAUCAGUCUGACUUCAAACCACUGUUACCCAACUUGUCGAAGACUCUGAAAAUUGACCCAGACCAACCAGAGUUUAGUCUUGGAGCGUCGGCACCAUCUAGGCCCAAGAGGAAGGCAGCUGCUGCAGCCUCACACAUUGUCGUCAUUACUAGCUCCUGCUCAGAAGAUGAGGAGCCGAAGGGAGCUGCUUCAAGGAAGAGGAAGAGAGGUCGCCCAGCAGGCUCCAAAAAUAAGCCCAAGUGUUUUGUGUGCAAAGUUUGUGAGGUGGAAGAUGAGGAGCCUUUGGUCAUCAUUCAAGCAUGUGGGGACAUAAUUCACAGGAAGUGUAUGACUCAGGCAUUGGAAUCCAAUGAAGAAGUCUGUGAGUACUUCAAGACCUGUCCUGUUUGCAAAGCUAAAUUUCAUCAGUUUUAUCCAUUCUUCGGUUAAUGUGUAAUGUUGGUUACCUUCCAGUUUUCCAUUCAC